AUUUCUUCGCACAAACAGUUUUUCUUUCUUCAAGUAUUCGUACAAUGCGCGAAACCAUGCAUCUGCCAGCUAGCUGCCAGUGCGCCCGGAUCCAACUCGCGAUCGCCUUGUACAGGAUGAUCGAUGAGUACGAGUAGAUGACUCGCUUGAUUUUUCGAACAUUCGCGGCCUUCAUGUCUUUUUCCCGGCCGGCCUUCACCUGUUCACUGCUUCAGCUCGGUUAGGUAGGUGUCCUCUUCAGCUCUUGAAUCGUGUUGCAGUUUCACACAUGUGCAGUGCUUUCGUUUCUCUGCAACAUAAUUAUGACUUCAAAAAUUGCAGUUUGAAUCAUUGAUUUGUAAUUCUUGAAAAUACGUUUUGCUUUGUUUGGCAACCGGACAGUAUCAUUCACUGUUUGCUCUCUUGAGCGUGGGUAAAAUGGAGAACCAGCCUGUAAGAAUGAAUGAAGCGUCGACAGUGGCUGAACCGACUCCAGUUGUGGUCAUUAAUAGCACGGCUGGUGGCAGCGAGCGGCAAGACUCCGCAGCUCCACAAUCAGCAAAUGCUCAGCCUUCCUCAGCUACAUCCACCUCCUCGGACUUCGUGCUAAAAAACCUGGUAAAGAAAAUGGAGCAGUUGGAGCGACAGAUCACGAAGUUGGAUGAAGAGGAGUGUAAUUUGGAAUCUAUGGACACUGAAGAAAGUGUCUACAUGCUCCAGGAUCGCCUGAAACGCGAGUUAUUGUUUGCUUGGCAGCGAUAUUCUAAGCUGGUUGGCCAGAGUCCCAGGAUACCACCGGAGCGGCCUCGAAAAUUUGUACUUGAGACGAGUGUGAAGUUGCACCACAGCCACAUCAACCAUCGACUGCAGAGGUACGCGGCUGGCGUGGAGUUCCCAUCCAGGGAGGACAUGCUGCGGCUGAUGAAGAAGUGCGUGCGCCACUACAAGGUGGAGUGGAGCGAGGCGCUACAGAAGCAGUACGUGGACGACGCGUUCCAGGCGCUGGGCGCACAGGCGCAGGCGUAUCGUCAGAAGCACUUCUGGAACGACCACGGCUGCCAGCUGACUGACGUCGUCGUGUCUCACAUCCGAAAGCGAAAGAAGAAGAGCGGCACGGAUGCUGGCGCUGGCACAGGUGGAAGUGAUGUGCAAGAAGACGGCGGAGCUGAUCUACACCUGGACGACCCGGCUCUCCACGACAAGGAGCUGGAAGCAAAGCUGAAACGUAACCAACAGGAAGGCACCGCUAAGCUGGACAAACUUCUGGAGGACUUUGGCGAAGCGUCGGAACGGAGUGAUUCUGGUGAGAGCAGUGGUAGCGACAAUAACGACGGCGGCAGCAACAGCGAUGGCAGCGCCGCCGUCGAAGAGCGUGACUAUACACAGGACGAUGACGACGAUGCAGAUCUUCUGCGAGAAGACGACGAAGACGGUGGUGUGGGCAGUACAGCUGAUGGUGGCAGCGAUGCUGGUGACCUCGCCUUGCACAGUGACGGUGAUAUCAAGGAAAGCAGAGCGGACGUGGACGAGAACGGUGAUGCAAAGAACGCGGGCGAAGCAUCUGGCCCCGUUCCUGUUGAAGGGUUCCCCGUGGCCGACUCGGGGAACAUGACUGCACGCACUGGAGAAGACGAGUAUGAAGCGUUAUACGGAGAUGCCAGUGACUGUGACGAUGAUGAUGAUGUAGUGCCAACGAUAUUCGACGAUGACGAUGAAGACGAGGAAGAUAACAACAGCAUUGGCCACAACGCUGACGAGAAAGUGCAGUGGCCUAGUGGGAGUAGUGUCUUUGCCACCACUGCAGGCGAUUUGAAUCCAGACAGGAGCGGAGCAGUGCUGGUGACCAUGCCCUACCCCACCGUACUCAGCACUGCUGCUGCACAUCAGCCAUUGGCCACGGCAGAACACCAGCACCCAAUUGUGCAGCAAACGCCUGUGCCUGGAUCGAGCGGCGGCCCGACGGUUGCGUCGAUGCCUGGCGAUGCGGCGUCGGCAGGUAUCAUUACGACAGGUAUAAAACGUGGGCACGACUCCUCCGGGGAAGAUGCACCCGCAGUCAAAAAGCCAGCUGUGUCACCCUUCAAGCCCAGUACUACUCCUCAGCCGAAACAAGAAGACGUGAUCUAUAUCGACAGUGAUUGAGUUUUGUUUCCUCAUCCACUUUGUGUGUUAUUAUCCUGCUGAGUAUUGUGCCGACACACUUUUUUUCUUCAAAUGUUUGUGCCCCGAAUGCUUGAUGUGUAUGGGGGUAUGCUGUGUUUGAAAUCUGUCCUGCAAGGGUGUGUGUGUUUAGCAUUGCCCUUGGUCUUGUGAAUCUGUUUUAAUCUUUAGUUUUCGUGGAGAAGGCUAGCUGGCUAGGCCUCCUCUGAUCUCCGCGUAGUGCUGUGUAUGCUGCAUAAUCAUUGUCAAGUUGAUCUAGGUUAUUCAUGGGCAUGUUUGCUGCUGUUUCUCUUGUGCAUACCAUGCUCUCUUCAUUAUUUGUUUACGCUCCGGUCAGAAAUAUGUUGCUGUUCUAUUA